AUGAUACAGAUAUGCCGUGCGGAAGAUGGGGAAAUCAUCCAGCUCGACAUUACGCUCUGGGACCUCGAGAGCGCAAACCACUUGGAGUCAUUUCUAGAAGAAAAGAUCGGUGUACCGCAAGAUGACGUACUAGCGUACCUUUCGGACGGACGUCGCCUUCACAAGGACAGCAUCCGCGACCUCGCUGGAGUCCAGGAUCAGACCAUCUAUGUAUUCAACAAGCGCUAUCUAGACCUAGAUGUCCUUCAGGUAUUGGGCGAAUUGCGGGUAGAACCCCCAUUGCAACCCCCUAUCGAAGACACUAUUACCUCCACACCACCAUUCCGCCCAUCACAACUGGCGAGUUCCUAUUUGCAUACCGCUGAGACGCAUUAUGAGCACAUACAACGCUUGGCAACGUCGAUGCGAUACCAGCAGGAGGCUCUCCGCAUAGCAUCUAGUUCCCUCGAUCUUCACGUCUUGGCGAUAUCUGAUGUAUUCGAGGGCAUAGCAUCAAUUGCUAGCCGGGAGCUGGAUAAGCAGGCGGUCUUGCUCGCAGGAGUCAGCGCGGACCUGGAGAUCGUGGAGCGCGUCCCGGUACACAGGGAAUUCCUCAGCGAGAAGGUACGACGCGCGCAGGACGCGGGUGAGCGAGCACGGACGUUGGGGGACUAUGUGAGCCGAUUCAAGAUGCAGCAAGUGGCAGAGAGUUGUGUGAAGACACACGAGGAGCUGCAAGCCAAGUGCGAGCAGGUUCAUGUGAUGAUGUCGAGGUUGAAUAAGGGUGCGGAGGACGUGCGCAUUCGGGUGAAUGACCAGAGUCUACUAGAGGAUGCGGCCGGAAGCGUUAAGCGGUCACAAGGAGUUCUGGACAAUGUUGUUACCCUUGAAAGAGCUGCAGAGAAACCUACGUCAUCCACGGAGAAAUUGCUGCAAGAGCUCCGCCAGUCUGACCUCGAUAUGCGCACCGAACUGCAGUACAUCACCGAGCUCAAAAACUCAUAUACCGACCAUCAUGUGAACGCACUGCGGCGGAUCAGUCUGUUGAACAAUGACCUGACCGAGCUGCCGCCUGCCAUGAGCACCCUGCAAAGCGGGCUGAAGGCAAAGACCAGUUUCUCACAUAUUCAGCGGUUGCAUAGCAUGCUGUAUGCAUAUGGGUCGACUGUUGUGGAGAUUGUCAGACGUAAGGAGUUCGCACGCUUUUUCUACCAGCGGACACAAAGUAUAUUAGAGGUGAUGGCAAAGCUCUCAGCUGGUGAACGGAAGCGACGGCAGGUGUAUCGGGGAGAGGUGAACGGGCUGCUUCCUUUCACGACUCCCGGCAUGGACGACGCGGUGCCUAGCAUCGACUUCUCGCCCUCGGGCUCUCCCGAGUCAGCAUACACGCUGGAGCGCGCCGAUAUCGAUGCCCUCCAGAGGGUCCUAGAUGACCUCGAGCACUUCGCCCAUGAUCGACAAGAUGAGGCAGCGCUGAACUCUGUGCGCGAGGCGCGCACAGGGUUAGAGAGGUUGAUAGGUAAGAUGGACAAUCUAGAGUCGGGCUUCGACCGGAUUGCAGAGCGCUCUCUGCUAUCGGCCUCGCGCCUAACGAGUCAUCGGCGGCGACCCACUGAAGAUGACAUUGAGCUAGAGCUGCAAGUGCAAGAAUUGCGGCAAGCACAUGCGGACAGUGAGGCAGCCUACCAGAGAGAGCGUAGUGCCCAUGAAGAGAUGGUCGCGCAGCUUAAGGCUGCACUGGAAGCGGAGCAGGUUGCCCAUGAACAACUGGAGCGGGAGUUACAUUCUGCCAAGGCCCAACUCGAGAGCGAAUCCACUUCUAGGCGCAUAUUGGAGGACCGGAAUACCGACCUGUCGUCGCAAGCUGAUGGGCACCGGGACCAGCUGACUCGUGCACUCGCGGAGGCGACAGAACAGACAAAGGCCGCGGAGAUCCUCCGCCAGGAGCUUGCACAGGUGCACGCGGAGUUCAAGCACGUCAAGGCAAUCGAGAAACACAAUGCGGACAAGGUUGCCGCCCUACUAGAGGAACAGGCGCUAACCUUCGCGCGGCUAGAAGCGGCACGCGCACGGGGUGAAGACCUGGAGAUGCAAAUCAAGGAGGCGCGCACUGAGAGCGAAGAUGUAAAGCGCGCUCUGAUGGAGUCUGGCAAGGAGAAGGAGCGGCUGUUGCGUGCACAGGCAACGGAGCACGACCGAGUCAUACGGGAUCAUAUCGCUGAGGCUGACGGGGAUCGUGCUGUGCUGGAGCACCAGUUCUCCGAGCUAAAGGCCGCUCUAGAGGAUACGGAACGUCAACUGAAGGACGCGCGUGCACAGGCUGACAUGGCGCUCUCGGACACUGUCGGGUCGCGAGAGGAAGUGCAACGAGUGGAGCACCUGCUUCGCGAGGCGCAGCAUCUCGAGCGCGUGCUCCGAGAUGACUUACGGCAAGGCAGGGUGUCCCAGGCCGACUAUGAACAUCGCUUGGAUAACAGCGACAGGCUGGUAGCUCAGAUUUUGGAUGUCGCUCUCGCGUUCCGAGACUCACACGUCAAGGCUCUCAUGGCGGCUCAAGCUAUGUCCGCCCAUCCAGGGACUAAAGCGGCGAAUCACGCAACCAUGACAGACUCGAUCUUGAGUAACGGAAGACACGGCAUUGUCAACCAGUUCGGUGAGCCCCUUCCCAUCGAUCCAUCCGAUCCAGCCGCUGCCCUCGACGCAUUGCGCGCGUUCGACCACGAUCAUUUCAUCGAGGCUAUAAACAAAGCUGGAUCGACGAUACGAAAGUGGCAGAAACAAUGCAAGGAGUAUCGCGAGCGGUCGAAGGGGAAGAUCUCUUUCAGGAACUUUACCAAGGGUGACCUGGCGCUCUUCCUACCAACUCGCAACUCGGUGUCGAAGCCGUGGGCGGCGUUCAACGUUUCUUUCCCGCAUUACUUCUUACAGGCUACGGGGCAACUCGCGGAGCAACUAAAGACGCGAGAAUGGAUUGUGGCCAGGAUCACUUCGAUGACAGAGCGCGUCGUAGAUCAUAGAGAUCCAGAUACAAACCCGUACGGCCUAGGGGACGGCGUGAAGUACUACAUGUUAGAGGUAGAGGACUGGACACAACCUGGCUAUCCAACGAAGCGGCGGGAAUCCGGGAGGAAGCCAUCAGAAAUUAAGGAAUCGACCAGCCCGCCGAUUCCCAGCCCGCCGCUCCAGGAGCCUGGUACCUUGCCACCUGGGCCUCCCGAGAACGAGGUCGAAGAUGCGUUUAGCGCAACUCGUCCGCCGACGUCACGUCUGUUUCCGGUCCGCACCCGUGCCAACUCUUCGCCGACCGCAGGACCGUCGUCGUUGUCUCGCUUGCUCGCUCAGGCGCCACCGCCCGAGAUGUCGCUCGAGUUCAUUCCAGCAUCACGGCCCAAAACGCCGUCUCCGGCUGCGUCACCGCGUCCGCCGCCUUCGCCGACACAUACCGGAUCGGUGUCCCAGGCACAGACGCCGCAUGGCCCGUCGUAUUUGCGGCCAGGCUCGCGCGCGUCCAGGGCGUCUACGUCAUCUAAAUUUUCUGGCGGCCGAAUACCGUUCGGCGGUGCACCAGGUAUUGCGAAGGCGGUCGCAACGACAGCUAUCUCAGAACAGGCGGUUGCGACUGUGUCGCCGUCCAUCGGCUUUGCCGACCUGCCGCAGGAGUCGAGUCUUCCCUCGCCAGAAGAAUCACCGACGGAAGGUAUGUCGAGUCUCAUGAAUCGACGUCGCACGACCUCGUACCAUGUUACGCCGCGGAAUUCGUCCGCUAUCGUGUCCACGACGAACACAUUCUCCGGCGGCAGUGCAGGUGGGUCUCCAGGCUCUGCGGUCACUGCGAGCAGCAGGCUGGCUAGUCUUGCCACUAGCUGGGGCGUCGCAUUCGGUCGCCGGACGCGUCUUUCAGUUGUUGAACCCACUGUUACAAGCCCUGCCGAUCGUCCUGGCACCCCCGAUCCCAUAAGCCCUAGUCAUGUUCUAGAGAACAUGCGCGCGGGGCAGCGGCGACCCUCAGGCACCUCAGAAGGCAUCUCAGAGGGGUAG